AUGGGUCCUUACAAAAUGCCUACGUUGCAACAAUUUCUUAAGAAAAAGAAAAUAUAUGAUAAAAAAGAGCCUGUAUGGGUUUAUUUAGAAAGAGAAAUGCGAGAAAAUGUAGAUAAAAAGCCAUAUAACGAAAAAGUAGGAGCUUGGCUUAAGUUUUUAAAAGAAUUGAAGUUCUUUUUUUACUGUGAAGCAAAACGGAAGUAUAAAAGGCUUUGUGUGGAAGUUGGACCGCCGUGGUAUUAUGAAUUGUCAAGCAGCCAAAGGGAGGUUUUAAAUGAUUUAAAGGCUAAUAUUCAUCAAGAUUUACUUGAAGAUUUACCAAGAAGGACGAGAAAGUCAUUGUCCGAUUUAGGCGUUACUUUAAAAAUACCAAAACCAAUAUUGAUGAAGGCUAUGACAGAUUCCAUUGAAGACCCUGGUGUGUUUAUAUGGAAUUUAUACACUGCUUACUACAAAAAACCACCCAGUAUUUUGCGGCCAGACUAUGACAUGAAUGCGAUGAUUUUAAUGUCUUGUUUAGUUUUUGUUGACUUAGAAGAAUGUGUAGAAAGGUUGGAAAAAUUAACGCAAGCUGAAAGGCUUCCAACUGUAACAAAUGAGAAAAAAAUACCGAAAAAUUCACAACCAAAUGUGCGGUAUGGUGAAUAUUUACAAAAAUGCUACGUGCCAUGUUUCAGCACGCAUUCUAAAAGUAAGACUGACAAAGACAAGCCCCUCCCCUUGGGCUAUAAAGUGCGGCUACGAAGUGUAGAAAGUUAUGAAAGACUGUGUUUGGAUAAUGGAUUUCUUGAAAAACGUAAAGAAAGAAAUAAGAAAGAAAAGCAAACCGAAAGAGUAUGUAAUUAUAAAUUUUGGGAACCCCCGAGCACUUUACGUAACAAGAACCCUAAAAUGGUAGCCUAUGCUAAUAAACUGAAAAUGCUAAAAAAUAAAGCCAAACCAAAAUACAAAGCGCCAUAUAAGAACGUCCAAUAUAAUGUUGGAGGUGUAGCGUUUACUGGCGGCAAACCCACCUAUAUUUUAAACGGUGUGUCUUUAUUGCCUACGGGUUAUAUACCAAUAAACGCUGGCAUGGUGAAUGUAGACGGUGAUUUCGUCACCACCAUUUGCGGCUACUGGAAGUUUCCACGUGUGGUUGUUCAAAAGUGUGACGAUACAUGUGACUGCAUUACUAAAUGGGAAGACUCUGUUAUGGAAUAUUUAAAUAAAUCGAAAUGUACUUGCGGUCAUCUCUAUGAUUUGUAUCAUGAAGGAAAAUCUAAGGAGAAGUAUUUUUACCCGCCCACGAGGCACGGAAAGCAUUGGUUUGAUAAUGCGAAAAUUUACCAAAUGGAUCCCAUGGAAGAUUUUAUAAGAGAUACUUUCCGAGAUGCACUUAUGUCUCAAGAGCCAUCGCGUGAACCAUCUAUGCCAACCAUAGUACCUUCAGGAUUGAAGGAAAAGGAUCUACUAGCAGCAUUUUUGGCAGAACUAUCAGAUACUCCUUUAUUGAUUCCACAUCUGCCCAAAGCAAAUCUUCUUAAUAAUCUUCAAGAGUGGGUUAGGAAAAGGAUUAAGGGCAAAAUUUCACCCGAGGACCAUAAAAAAUUACUUCUACAAUCACAACGCAGAUGGCUUGAUUUGAAGCAUAUGGAUUUUAGAGCUAGAGCAUAUAGAAUACCAUUUACUCUAAAACAGUUAGAGCACAUGAAUUGGUCACAUAGGCACCUUAUACAAAAACUGUUUGAAGUACUCUUAGAUGAUUUUGUUACAAGAAAUAGAUUAAAACAAUUAACUCAAACCAGGCUUUGGUGGUCCACAACCAAAUAUGAUGUAUAUCCGAGCAAAGCAUUUUUAGACAUAUAUUUCACAUACAUGCCGGGGAGAAUGAAAGAUACUUUCCUGAUCAAUCCGUACAGCUCCGAACUGACACCAAAACAUGGUGGUAAAACUUGUCCGCUUGAUUGACGGCAUUAAAAGUGUUUGUGUUUUUGUCAUUUUUAAAUGAAAAUCAAACAAAUGUGGGCGUUUUGUCAAUUGUUGAAGUUUCGAUUGUCCUCAUUAAUUGUUUAACACG